CAGUUACACGCAAACUUUAUUCCCCGCGUUCAUCUCGCUCUCUUUCUCUCUCUUCAUCCUGCUUUCGUCCUCAUCUCCAUCAAUGCAUUAACUCCAACCAAGUCCUCUCUAACCAGAGACCAACAAUGGCGUCUCAAUGCCCUAACAAUCGAACUACAUUCUACCCACAAAUAAUCCAAUCAAAUCCAAACUCUUCCUCUCCAUUCCUCUCAAACCCUAAUAACCAAUCUCCCCCCUCACUCUACCCUAAAAUCGACGUUGAAGACCUCACCCAAAACCUCUUCCCACAAAAUUAUAGACAACCCCACAACUCAAACCCUAAUUCGCCCUCCGCCCCUCCUCACUCCGUCGAAGAAUUCAUCCUCACCAUCCCCGGCUCCAUCCUCCAUUUGAUUGACAAAAAGUACAGCGUCGAGCUCGCUUGCGGCGAUUUAUCGAUUCUGGGUCUCCGCCAAGACGGUAACAUCGUCGCCGUCUUCGCUCGCGUCGCCGAUGAGAUCCAGUGGCCGUUGGCCAAGGACGUGGCCGCCGUUAAACUUGACGAAUCGCAUUACUUCUUCUCGUUUCGAGCUCCGAAAGAGAGGGAUGAUGAGGAUUCCGACGAUUUGUUGAAUUACGGUUUGACGAUUGCGUCCAAGGGACAGGAGGGGUUGUUGUUGGAGUUGGAUAGGAUUUUGGAUCAUUACAUUAGUUUUUCGGUGCAGAGGGUUUCGGUGAAGGGGAAGAAUGAGGGAGUGCUUGAUGGGACGGUGGCGAUGGCAGUUUCGCCGGAGGAUUUGAAAUCGGAGAAGAAGAAGGAGUUGAUGGAGGAACGGUGCGCUGCGUAUUGGACGACAUUGGCGCCCAAUGUGGAGGAUUAUAGUGGGACUGCAGCGAAGAUGAUUGCAGCGGGUUCGGGGCAGCUGAUUAAGGGGAUUUUGUGGUGUGGUGAUGUGACUGUUGAUAGAUUGAAGUGGGGAAAUGAUGUUUUGAAGAAGAAGAUAAAACCUGAUUCGAAAUCAGAGAUUAGUCCUGAAACCUUGAAGAGGAUCAAAAGGGCUAAGAGGGUAACAAAAAUGACAGAGAAAGUAGCAGUUGGGGUUCUUUCCGGUGUUGUGAAGGUUUCAGGAAUUUUAACCAGUUCAGUUGUGAAUUCAAAAGCGGGCAAGAAGUUCUUUAGCCUCUUGCCAGGGGAAAUUGUUCUUGCUUCCCUGGAUGGAUUUAGCAAGGUCUGUGAUGCUGUUGAAGUAGCUGGCAAGAAUGUAAUGUCAACCUCAUCCACUGUGACAACUGGACUUGUCAAUCACAGGUAUGGGGAAGAGGCAGCUAAGGCAACAAGCGAAGGACUCAAUGCUGCAGGGCAUGCUGCUGCAGCAGCAUGGGCUGUUUUCAAAAUUCGAAAGGCUUUCAACCCAAAAAGUGUUCUAAAACCCUCCACGUUGGCCAAGUCUGCUGCUAAAGCUGCGGCUAAAGAGAUGAAAGCCAAGAAUUCCAAGUAACUAAUUAGAUGUGCAUUAUUGAUUUGGUUUAUAGCUUCUGCUGUAGAGUGUGUUAAUCCUCGUAGAUAAUGCUAAUUGUAGCUGAAAAUGAUGGCAAACAACUGUAUUUUUUUUUAUCAGAAUGUCAUGCCCAAAAAAACUUUCCCAGAAUUUUAUAGAGAUUGUUAUUGUGUGGUGGAGAUUGAGUUGGUGCUGUGUGGGUCCAUGUAUGAUUGAUAAUUCUGGGUAAAAAAUUUGAGUUUGUAGUAUUACUGAUUAUAUUUAUUAAUCAUGUAUUGUAUUGAAUGUAAAACUAGGUGACUCAUGGUAGGAAAAGUAUGCUUAUCUAUUUAUUUAGGGUCA